AUGUCUUCGUCGUCCGCAUCCACGUUGUAUGGUAAAACCAUUCUAUUAGAACUUGGGUAUGAAAAAGGCUUUAAAGCGAAACAAGAAUUGAUCAAUUUCUUGCGAGAGCAGCACGCACGUGUUUCGUAUAUUCUUACAGCUAGUACUGAUUAUGUUUUCACAACAAAUAAUGUCGACAAUUCAAAGACGCGUCGUGCUAGACAACUCGGUAUUCCACUAAUCGAUGUCGACUAUAUACAACAAUAUCGUUCCUCAUCGUCUGGACGAAUAUCGACUGACAUCAAUAAAUUUCUCAUCAAGUCGUCCGAAGAUCAAGAGAAUUUUACGAGAACUGGUACUAUAAACGUCUCAGAGUCUCGACCGAAUAUGUGUAAAAUCAAUAAAUUCGAUGCCAAUAAAAUCAAAUUAUGGAAUUCUACUGAUGAAAAUCUGCCUUGCUUCGACGAAUUAACGCAUGGUGCUAUUGGAAAAUGGGCGAUCUUUAAAGAAACCACUGAUAAUUCCCAUGUUUUCUUCGUUCUUGAACUUCAAAUAAUUCCCGUACAAUACUACAAUCCAUCGACAAGUGAUUAUCGAUUGCGAUUUCGGUAUGAAAAGCAAACUAUUACAGAAGGAAAACAGCAAGACAAGAAAAUUUCAUUUCAAUAUGCCUUUGGAAAUGAUCCUAAUGAACAGCAACAAUUGUUUGCAUUCUAUUACAAUCGAAUAUCCACAAUGCCACGUAUUACACGUAUUCGCGACAUGUUACCUAAUCAAUUAGGCUCAAAAUUAUUAUUACGAUCUUUGUUCAUACAUCGUCUUGAUACACAAAUACUUGAUGAGAAUGUAUGUCAAUUGAUUGAAUCGAUUUGGUUGGAAUCAGUUGGUGAUGUGAAUAAAAUCUUGAGUGUCUCGCCUGAAUUCAUCACUCUCAAAACGAUAGUUGAAGCUGAAGCUGCACUUCUUGAGUUGAAAACUACCAAUGAUUCGGCGGCAGCAACACGCUUUUAUUCACUUUUACCACAUCAACCAUCGUGCCAGAUUGACCUCGUCAAAAAUCGGCGAGCAUUGAUUGAAAAACUAGAUUUAUGUCAAAUGCUGAGAGACAUGCUAACAGUGAAUGAACUGACGAACUGGAAUGUGAAAGCGCCAAUUGAAGCUAAAUACAGAGCGUUAAAGUGCUACAUUGAAGUUCUGUCGAGCUCGACACCUGAAUAUAAGAAUAUUGCGAAGUUGAUUCAAUCAUCAUCCGAUAGUAGUGAACAAGUUCUUAUUCAUAAUAUAUUCAGCGUAGCAAAACAGAGUGAUAGUUUGAAUUUUCGUUCUACACUAUCUCACCAACGGCAAUUAUUUCAUGGAUCGAAAUAUUCGAAUUUCCUCGGAAUUCUCUCUCGUGGUCUGGUUAUGCCGAAAAUGGUGGUGGAAGACUUCGGUGUGGUGCGUACUGAUAUUGGUUGUCUUGGUUAUGGAAUUUAUUUCUCAGAUUCAAUUUCUACAUCUCUCAAAUAUACAACAGCAAGCACCGCACGACCCGGACGUCGAUUGUUAUGCAUAUGCCAAGUGGCAUUAGGUGAAUCGGCGAAUUACUACUCAUUUGCACCAAAUCUUACAAAGCCUCCCGAUGGCUUCCAGAGUACACAUGGAGUCAAACGAACAGAGGAUAAUCAGUCGAUGUUUACUGAUAACGAAUACGCAAUCUAUCAACUUGAUCAACAACUUUUACACUAUGUCGUUGAAGUCUCUUGGGCACCAAAGGAUGCUUUAAACAUCCAAUUGGAACGUUUACCAAUUGUUCAUCAUCAGCAAUGUGCACUUGAUUGUGUUUCAGUUGAUGUUCCAACAACGAUCGAUGAUGAAAUCAUCGAAAUAGCGGAGCAAGAUUAUGGUUUGAUAUGUCCGGCAUCAGGCAAAAUCAUUCCGCUUCGAUCAUUUCAUCUCCGUGCUCAAGUUGUUGACACAACAGUUGAAGUUGUUCUGUAUCAAGUCUAUUACAACACGAGUUCGACGCCCAUCGAAGCUAAGUACGUUUUUCCAUUGGAUGAAAAUUCCACGGUAUGUGGUUUCGAAGCACAUAUUAAUGACAAAGUGAUUAAAGGUGUUGUCAAAGAAAAAGAACAAGCGAAACAAGAAUAUCGCGAAGCUAUUGCCAAAGGUCAUGGUGCUUAUCUAAUGCAUCAAGAAGAAGCUCAGGUUUUCAGUGUAGCAGUUGGUAAUUUACCGGCAAAUACCGAAGUGAUCAUUAAGAUAACUUACGUUGCCGAGUUAGAAAUUGAAAAUGGUGAUAUUAUGUUUCGUCUGCCGGCAAAAAUGACUUCUUGGCAAUCAAAGCAAGCCAUAGAAGCACGAGAUCAAUCGAUUCUUCGAUCGAUCGGUAUGAUCGACGAGAAAGUGGAAUUCACUUUCAGAGCAUCCAUUCGAAUGCCAUAUAAUAUCACAAAACUAUUCUCGCCAACACAUCGUCUUCGUCGAAAAAUAACCAAUUGUAUUGCCAUGGUAGAACUCGUUGAUAAUAUUCUACUUGAUCGAGAUUUCAUCCUUUCAAUCACACUCAAUAGUCCGAAUUUACCUCGAAUAUCGAUUGAAACCUUGGAAGAUUCCAGCUCUCAGGCAUGCAUGUUAACAUUUUACCCGAAAUUUGAAGCACCAGCUCAUUCUCGUGAAGAAAUCGAGAUUAUAUUUAUUGUUGAUGUGUCCAAUUCAAUGGAUGGUACUCAUGUACACCAAGCGAAACAAUUGGCUCAUUUAUUCCUCACUAAUUUAUCAAUUAAUGAUGUGAAGACGUAUUUUAACAUUAUUACUUUUGGAUCUGAUAAUGAUGAAUGCUUUCCUAUGUCUGUACCAACAACGAAAGAAAAUCUUGACAAAGCUAAACAUUUCGUUCUGCAUUCACUGAUUCAUCGUGGUAAUACAGAUCUAUUCUCUGUUCUUCAUCGUUACUCACUAUUGCCAUCCAAAUUUUCACGUCAAUUUAUUCUGCUAUCUGAUGGACACAUUCAUGACCUCCAAUCGAUUCUAAUUCUACUCAAACACCAAUCAACAUUCUGUCGUGAUCGUUUGUUUACCUGUUCAGUUGGUAAUGUUGCAAAUAAGCAUUGUCUGAAGCAGCUGGCUAACGAAGCAAGUGGCGGUGGUCUAACGAUCAUAUUCGACUCGAAUUACCGAUCGAAAUGGAAAGCCAAAGUAUUGAAUCUUCUCGAACAUGUUCGACAGCCAUGUGUGACUAGUGUAUCGAUCAAUUGGGAUGGUCAUAUCGAUGAACAGGAAAGGUUUCAUAUGCAAGCACCAAAAACAAUUCGUUCUCUAUUCAACGGAAUGCGAAUUACUGUUUAUCGAUUUGUACAGAAUUGUCAUAAGGCAACGUUGACGGCAAUGGUCGACGGACAAGAAUUUGUUACCACUGUAUUUAGCAAUCCGAUGACAAUGACAAGAGGACGUAUUCUACACUGUUUAACUGCACGAGCGAUCAUCGAUGAUUAUGCUAAUGGACUAUUGGAUGCUGAUGAAAGUGAAAAUGAAUUAAUCAAAGUUCAAUAUAAGCGAGAUCUUAUCGAUCUGAGCAUCAAACAUUCAGUUGUUAGUGCGUACACAAGUUUUGUUGCUAUCGAAGAACGUGAUACCAAAUCGAACGUCGAAAAUCAUCAGCCAGGAGUUCGUCUGCUUGAUAUCAUGCUGGAAAGUGACACGGAUCUACUUCCAUACAUGGGAUGGGAUGGUGAUGUAUCAAAUGCGUCCUUAAUGAAACAGAAACUUAUCGAUGCAUGUACUUUACUCGAUAGUACACCGAUUCAAAGGAAAAAAGAGGUGAUUGUUGAUAUUGAAAAACUUUGUGAAAGUAUUUCCUAUCGAGCAAGUGGAGAUGCAAAGUGUGAGAUCAUGAUGAAUAUCAUACGGACGUGUCGUCAUUCGUUAAAGGAAUAUGCUAAAGCGGAUGAAAUCGAACAGAAAAUGCGGCGAGAUAUACUGAUGGAGAUGGUCGGUGCAACAGCAGAAGAACGACAGGUAUUAGAACAACAGUGCCAAGCGAAUAACUUGAUAUUUACAGAUGAUGAAAUGGCUUUGUUAUCUUCGUACGAUGAAAUCAGUGAUCCGUUUGAGGCGAAUUUCAAGAAAUUAACACCCAUUGACCAAACGAAGAAAAUGAGAGAAUUAACAACUACGUUGGAGGAAAAGAUAGAUUUGGAUAACGGAUGCUUCUUACCUACUAUCUCAACUGGAGAAAACAUCCCGCCAUCCUUGGUAGUUGAGGAACAGAAUUUACCGACAGUAGAACAAGAUCCAUGGGAAAACAUAUUACAAGAGUUAGCAACGAAAGAUGAUUGGAGUACGACUGAUUUCGGCUUUUUGGAUUGCCUGGACGAAACAUCCUAUGUGGAAAUUACCAGUCGUCUGGAUGAAGUACGAUCGAGACGAAUGCGUAUGUUUCAAGAUGCCGAAAUCGAAGAGAAAGACGGAGAUGUUGACGUGUCCUCAUUAGUUAAUCUUCCUCUUGGUGGAGAAGAUCUUCCAGCAGAUUUAAAUUUACGCUUAGAAUCGAAUGUGGGAUAUGUACCGACACCUAAUAAUGAGAAAGCUAUGGAGGAAAACGACGAGAUGGAUACUCGUGCAUCAUCUGUAACGUUGCUUUCAAAACCUGAACAUGGCACUGCAACGUCACGUGCAGCGACGCCAGUAGCUAGUACAAUUGAAUCAGACACCUUGUAUCGAAGGAUAUCAUUAGUGGAUGCGACUGCAUUGAAUGCGUCUCGACAUCGUAGUGGCUGCAUGUCAUCUUCGGCUCCAUCAGAAUCGAAGAUUAAAACACGUGUACCAGAUCAACCUCUUUCUGGAAGGCAUGGAGGUCCAUCACGCGUGAUGAACGAACCCGCAAGUCUUCAUACUAGAGCAGAUGAUAAAGCAGUAUCCGAACGCUCGCAAUUUGUGCUCAUAAAUCAAGAUGAACAACGUCGAGAGACGCGAAGUCCAAUCAAACAUAUGUCGACAGAGGAGCUAAAGCUACAAAGUGAGCAAGUCGAAUUGUCACGUUUGGUUUCAAACGCAAGAUUGAAGAAAGAAAAUCGUAAACAGGAGAUGCGAGGUGAAAAGAAUGUUGUCGAAGAUAUCAUAGACAUCUCCGCUUUCUAUCAAAAUCCGAUGCCUAUGUGCGAUUUACUACUUCUCGAUGUAUGUCCACUUGGACUGGGCAUUGGAGAUAUUCACGGUCAAAUGCACACAUUGAUUCGUCGUAAUACGACGAUUCCAACACGAACUCAGUUUUGGCCAAUAUUUACCAAUGCUUAUGCUUAUCAAGCAACAGCUACCAUUCGUAUAUUUGAAGGUGAACAUAAGUUAACAAAAUACAAUGAAUUUUUGGGUGAGUUCGAUCUUUCCGGUUUGACGAGUAAUUUGACUUCUCGGACACUUCAAAUAUCUGUUCGUAUGGAUAUUGAUGCAAAUGGUAUACUUCGCGUCGAUGCUGAAGAAGAACUUUCUGGUGCCAAAGCUACAUAUACCGUCCACUCGAGUGAAAAAAGAUUAUCAAGUGAUGACAUUCAACGGCAUCUCAUAUUCGUAGAAGGUCAAACGAAUGCUGCAGCUAAAUCUGCUUACGAUCGUACACUCGAUGAUCCGUUGUGUCAACUUGGUGGACAAGUUCAGGUCAUGCAGCAUAACUUCUCUGGUGAAUUUGCUAAUACAGACCCACUAGGUUGGUUAUCACCUGUCAGUAUAUGUCAAUACAUUUGUGAAUCUAUAGAUCAAACAACUGAUAUUUCACUGUUGAGAAAGUUGAAAGAUGUUUGCUCUACAUCUACAAUCAUCAACGAACUUAUGAAACUUCAAUUUGAAGAUGGAUCGUUUACUUUGAACAAGCAGCUAGCCGAUGUUUUUCAUCUAGAUUGUGCAGUUUUUCAAAGUCUUGAACAUUAUUUAGCUGAACAUGGUUUCAAAUCACUCGCUUUGAAUUUACAAAACGAAAUUCUUCGUUUGAUCGGUACCGGUGUCAUCCUUCUCUGGCUUGUCCAUCAAUCUCAAGCAUCGCAUUCGGAUUCGCUUGGAUUUUCCUUUAGCAUUGAACAAAUCAAAAUUCAUCUUUGCAUGGAUUAUCCUUCUGACAUCCACGGACAAAUUCUGAAGGCAAUAGAGUUUUAUCAACGAGUCAGUCAACAACACGGUAUCUAUUGUAAACAACUAGAGCUCGAGGGCUCAUCGUGGAACAUGUUUGUUCAAUAUCUGUUCUUCGCUGACGGUUGUCAUAAAACAAACAGCAUUUAA